UUGACAGAGGCUUGUAUGGCGUCCAGGCCCAAGUGGCAUGCCUUGGGUAGUGGGGCUCCACAGGUUCCAGGUGUUCCGGUCCCGUGAGAUGAGGAAGAAGAGGAAGAUGAAGUGGAGGAUGAGGACGAAGACAAUAAAGACAGUGACGAAGAAGAGGAUGAAGACGACGAGAGCGUCGACGAGGAAGUGAAUGUUGAAUUUGAAGCGUAUUCCAUCUCAGAUAAUGAUUAUGACAGAAUUAAGAAGUUACUGCAGCAGCUUUUCCUGAAGGCUCCUGUGAACAUUGCAGAACUAACUGAUUUCUUAAUUCAACAAAACCACAUCGGGAGUGUGAUUAAGCAAACAGAUGUUUCAGAAGACAGUGAUGACGAUGUGGAUGAAGAUGAGAUUUUUGGAUUCAUAAGUCUUUUAAAUUUAACUGAAAGAAAGGGUACGCAGUGUGCUGAACAAAUUAAAGAGUUGAUCCUGAGCUCCUGUGAGAAGAGCUGUGGAAAGAUCUCAGUUGAAAAGCUGGACGCGCUUUUCAACGACGCCUCCAAGCCUGUGGGCUUUCUCCUCAGCGAGAGGUUUAUUAACGUUCCUCCUCAGAUCGCGCUGCCCAUGCACCAGCAGCUCCAGAAAGAACUGGCAGAGGCACACGGAACGAACAAGCUGUGUGGAGAGUGUUCCUUCUACCUUCUGAUUAGCAAGAUGUUUGUGGAAGCUGGAAAAAACAAUCCCAAAAGGAAAUGGAGCAGCCAAGAAAAAGAUGAGUUAAUGUUCGCAAGUGCAAAGGAAGAAUUUUUCUAUGAGAAGGCAAUCUUGAAGUCCAACUACUCGGUGCAGGAAGAGAGCGACACCUGUCUGGGAGGCAGGUGGUCCUUUGACGAUGUCCCAAUGAAGCCCUUGCAAACUGUGAUGUUGAUUCCAGGUGACAAGAUGGAUGAAAUCAUGGGUAAACUGAAAGAGCAUCUCUCUCUCUGACCCAUUUCCCAUGGGCAGCAGGGGGCUGGUUUUCAUUUUUGUAAAAUUACCAGAAAACAGCUCAGAUUUACUGAAAAACUCAUCACUUUAUUCAGAUUAAGUCCCUCUACAAAAAAAGUAGGGUUGUCACCUGUGUCUGUGACACAUUUACAAAAUAGCUUUAAAAAAAAAAAAAAAUUGGUCAAAUUCUGAAUGGUUGAUGAAGAGCUUUUCCAGUAAGAAGGAAAACGUGGAGUAGUAAUUUAGAACUCAAUAAAAACUUCCAUUUUUUAUUUUUAAAUAAUGGAAAAAAAAGUGCUUGACAUCUAUUCCAUGAAUAGUUUUCCUGGUUAUCUGGAAUAUUUUUCUUUAUAUCUGGAAUGGUCUUUCUGACUGAAGUUUAUCCAACCUGGAGGAAAUUCAGUAUAUUUCACACUGAAAUGAAUUACAGAAUUUGAUUACUUUUUUUUUUUGGAAGGUAAGAUUUAUCCAAUUCAAGAUCUCAAUAAAUGUGUUCUGGCAAAAGCAAAUAGCAGUGAUUUACAUAAGUUUUCAACAAUACAGGUUCACAAGAAUGUUUAUAAAUUAUUGCCAUGAAAGGAGGGAGUAGGCAGAAAUUGAGAUGUGCAGUGUUGCAGAUAUUGGGGAUUGAGGAGCACCAGAAUACAAGUCAGGUGUAUUAAGAUCCUAAAGGUACUAAGGAGUUGGACUUGGUUUUCAUAAAUAUGUAUUUGAGUAUGAGUAGGUCAGAUGCUCUCAGUUAAGCACUGUUAAAAAUUUCCAUAAGAUUUCAAGAUGUGGCAUGGGUGUUUUUGUUUGUUUCUAUAUAAUCUGACAUAUAAACCGUGUUGAAAUUUAUUGGCCAGUCUUGGGUUUUUUCCUACUGGUAUUUUUAUACAGCCUAAUUGAGAUAUAACAGACAUACCAUAAAAUUCACCCAUGUAAAGUUUACAGUUCAUUGGGUUUUAGUAUAUUCACAGAAUUAUGCAGUCACCACCAUAAUCUUAUUGUAGAACAUUAACAUCACUUCAAAAAGAGGGGCACCUGAGUGUCUCAGUCGGUUAAGUGUUCAACACUUGAUCCAGCUCAGGUCUUGAUCUCAGGGUCAUGAGUUCAAGCCCCAUAUUGGGCUCCAUGCUGGACAUGAAGCCUAUUUAGUGAAUAUGGGGGUUUUUUGUUUUUGUUUUUGUUUUUUUAACAGUCAUGCUCUGUGGUCCUUUCUUCCUCCCCCAGACCUAGAGAACCAUUAACCUACAUUCAGUCUUCGUAGAUUUGCAUCAUACAGUAUGUCACUUUUUGUGACUUUCUUUUAAGCAUAGUUUUUAAAGGAUCAUCCACAUUGUAGCAUGAAUCAGUUCUUCAUUCCUUUUUUGUGGCUGAAUAAUAUGCCACUGUAUGGACGACAUUUUUUUUAUCCCUCAACUGAGGGGCAUUGGAGUUAUUUCUACUUCUUGGCAAUUGUGAAUAACACUGCUGUAAUUAUAAGCAAACAAGUUUUUGUGUGGAUGUAUGUUUUCGUUUCUCUUGGGUAUAUACCCAGGAAUGGAAUUGCUGCGUCAUAUCAUGACUCUGUGUUUAACCAUUUGAGGAGCUGAUAAACUGUUUUUUGGGGUAGCUGCACCAUUUUGCAUUCCUGGUAGCAAUAUGAGGGGGUUACAGUCUCUCCACAUACUCCCCAGUGCUUGUCAUUGUCUGUCUUUGAUUGUAACCAUUUUAGUCGUUGUGUAGUAAUAUCUUGUGGUUUUGAUCUGCAUGUUUCUAAUGAUUAAAGAUGGUGAACAUCUUUUCUUGUAUUUAUUACUGGCUCCUGUUGAU